AUGGGUUGGCGCCUGGUGCUUUUGGCGGUGCUGAAGAUUGCGCUGGGGUCUGUGGACUACAAGGGCCUUUACGGGGGCCUCUAUGAGGGUGAGCUGAAAGAGUUCCUCGAUGGGAACCGGGAGGCGUCCUUCCAAAGGACCCCAGAGGUGCUCACGCUCUUGCUGAAUGGCACACUGGACGGGUACCGCCAGAUGCGCCAGAAGUGGCUGCCGCUGCGCCUCUUCUUCCGCCCGCAGAUGGGGCGCCGGGCGCUGGACCUGGGCUGCGGGGAGGGGCAGCUGGUGAGCGCCUUGCGGCGCUUGCAGGCCCCCAACUGGUGCGGCUUCAGCGCGCUGAAAACCCGCCAGCCCUUUGUGGCGGGCUACGGGGUGGACGUGUCGCCCCCGCGGGUGGAGAUGGCGCGGAAGCAGAACGGCUGCCAGGAGUGCUUCAAGGAGGCCCUGCUCACGGAGCUGCCCUUCCGCACCCCUGGCCACUUGGAGCGACCACGCGGACGGGCUUUGAAAAAAGCCCGAGGCAACGGGUCCUUCGACACCGUCUUCACUACCCACGUGCUGGAACACCUCACGAAGCCGGACCUCGAGCUGGUGAUGCGGGAGGUGCGGCGGUUGCUCCUGCCGAACCCCUGGGCGAUGUUCGUGGCCGUCGUGUCUACGGUGCCGGAGAACAUGGGCUCCUCGCUGCGGCUGCCGGAGCUCCACCAGCAGCAGCGGUUCUUGGAGAUCCAGAACCUGCACCUCACGGUAGAGAAGGGCAUUUGGUGGCGCCACUUCUUCGAGCGCCAGGGCUUUGUGUGCCCGCACUACUGGCACUACGACCACUGGCACUGGAGCUUCAUGGUCUGCCGCCCGAUGCAAGAAACUUCGCGGCGCGCGGCGCGCGACGCGCGCGAAGCGAAGACGCGCGGCACGCGGGAAAAGAUUACAAACACCUCGAGGGCGGAGAUCGAGACCUCUGUGGUGCCAGGCCUGCUGAACGACACCCUGGGCAGUGGCUUAGGACUGGACUGCAACGCUUCCGCCAGCACGGCGGGCCGCCUCAUGGCCGCCACCCACGAGCGGUGCCCCUUCUACCGCGCCGUGGUGCCGCGGCUCGCCGGAGGUGGCUUCAACUCCGGCUUGCAAGCCGCGCUCGAAGGCCUUCGGCAGACGGAUUUCCAAGAGCUGGCCAGAGACGCGGAGAGUUUCGCCAACGCUUCCCUGCCACAGAAGCUGAACGAGACCGUGGUUGAGGCGGGAUGA